UUUCUCACCUACAGGAGCAGCUCAGAAAGGAGGAAGGAGAAAUCAAGAGAUGCAGCAAGGUGCAGAAGAAGCAAAGAAACAGAAGUAUUCUAUGAAUUAGCUCAUGAACUGCCCCUGCCGCACAAUAUUAGUUCACAUCUGGAUAAGGCAUCCAUAAUGCGUCUGGCAAUCAGUUUCUUGCGCACCCACAAACUCUUAUCCUCAGUGUGUUCUGACAUUGAGAAUGAACUAGAGACAAACCAGCAGAUGGACAACUUGUACUUGAAAGCUUUGGAGGGAUUUAUUGCUGUGGUGACACAGGAUGGAGACAUGAUCUUCUUGUCAGAGAACAUCAACAAAUACAUGGGCCUUACACAGGUGGAAUUAACUGGGCACAGCAUUUUUGACUUCACUCACCCAUGUGACCAUGAGGAAAUUCGAGAGAAUCUGAGUCUGAAAACUGGUCCAGGUUUUGGAAAGAAAAGCAAGGAGAUGUCCACAGAGCGUGACUUCUUCAUGAGGAUGAAAUGCACGGUUACUAACAGAGGCAGGACUGUAAACCUUAAAUCUGCCACAUGGAAGGUCUUGCACUGCACUGGACAAAUUAAGGUGUAUAACACUUGUCCGCCUCACAGCCUGUGUGGGUAUAAGGAGCCCCUCCUCAAUUGCCUUGUAAUAAUGUGUGAGCCCAUUCAGCACCCCUCAAACAUUGAUAUUCCACUGGACAGCAAGACUUUCUUGAGUCGCCACAGCAUGGAUAUGAAAUUCACUUCCUGUGAUGACAGAAUUACUGAAUUGAUUGGAUACCACCCAGAAGAACUGCUGGGCCGUUCAGCAUAUGAGUUUUAUCAUGCCCUGGACUCAGAAAGUAUGACCAAAAGCCAUCAGAACUUGUGUGCAAAAGGUCAAGUAGUAACUGGCCAGUAUCGUAUGCUUGCAAAACAUGGUGGAUAUGUAUGGCUGGAGACCCAAGGAACUGUCAUUUACAAUUCCCGCAAUCUACAGCCUCAGUGUAUUAUCUGUGUCAACUAUGUACUGAGUGAAAUUGAGAAGAAUGAUAUUGUGUUCUCAAUGGACCAGACAGAAUCUCUUUUUAAACCCCACCUACUGACAAUGAAUACUAUUUUUGAUAAUGGGGUCCCACUGACCGAAAAGAGUGACUUCCUGUUCACCAAAUUGAAGGAAGAACCAGAGGAACUUGCUCAGUUGGCACCAACCCCAGGCGAUGCCAUCAUUUCUCUGGAUUUUGGGCCACAAACAUUUGAGGAAACCUCUACCUACAACAAGGCAGUUUUGCCUCCAAACAAACAGUGGCCAGUGGAAGUGAAGAGUCAUGCCUCCCAAAGUGAAAAUUUGACCAUACCAUCGUUUACAAUGCCACAGGUUGCUCCUGGCAGCAGUACUCCAAGCGCAAGUAGCAACAGCAGCUGUUCCACGGUUUUUUUUAUUCCUGUGCAGCCAAGCAGCCCAGGAGACUAUUACAGUUCCUUAGAUGAAGAUCUUAAUAUUGAAGUAAUUGAGAAGCUCUUUGCCAUUGACACAGAGUCAAAGAAUCAGUGCAAUUCCCAGACCGAUUUCAAUGAGCUGGAUCUUGAAACCCUGGCUCCUUACAUUCCCAUGGAUGGUGAAGAUUUCCAGCUCAGCCCAAUCUGCCAAGAAGAACACCCUCUCUCUGAAAUUGCACAAAAUACCCAGCAGAGCUUAAGUAGCAUGAGUACCAUCUUCCAGCCCCUUGCUUCUGCCGCACAGAAUCAGUUCCUCUCGGAGAAAUACUGCCAACAGGUGUCAAAUAAAAACAUCAACCCCAAUCCUGGGCAUCUGUCAUCUGUGUUUUUCAACAACAUGAAUAAAUCAUCUUUGCCACCAUACCAGGCACGAGCCAGCACCCCACUGUCUUCUUUGGGUGGAAGGCCGAAUACUCAAUGGCCACCUGAUCCACCAUUACAAUAUGUUCCUACUAAAUGGAGACUAAUGGAUAAAUACUCUGGAUCCUUAGCCAACUCUCCAUCUGGGCCACCAAUCCACUCUCCCCACACAUCUGUAUAUAAGAAAAGGUCACUGGAGAGUUUUGGGCAACGGGGCAUAGAUAUAAAUCCGGCAAGAAUUGCUCUGUCCAAUAGUUUGAAACUGAAGCGACAGCUGGAUUAUGAAGAACAAGCAUUUCAACACCUGACUGGGGCGGAUGCAUCAGCCAUUAACGCAUCUCAGUUAAUGUGGAAAAGAAUGAAAAUGCUGAAAGGGGAAAAUUGUUCAUUGGUUGCAGAAAAAAAGUCCCUCAGCACAAGUGUCCUUAAUGAUGAGUUUAUUUGCAACCCACAAAGAAGUCUGAGCCAACCAAUGAAUCAACUUCAACAUCAACAGCAGCAAACCCUCUGCGGAAGUCCUGGUGUGGAUCAGAAAUCAGCAUUUUCCCCUCAGUAUUACAAUUCUCCUUAUCAGGACUUUAAUGUGUUACGGUCUCAUAAAAUGUCAGGUCUGAGUCGUCUGCUUGGGCCGUCUUUCGAACCAUAUUUGUUGCCUGAACUGACCAGAUAUGACUGUGAGGUUAAUGUCCCUGUUUUGGGCAGUUCCACACUUCUGCAGGGAAGCGAGUUGCUCAGAGCUCUUGACCAGGCGACCUGAGCAAUCCUGUAAUAUUCCUUGGCCUAUACUGUUCAAAACAGCCUCAGUUUUUAAAUAUAUUUUUACAAGUAGACAAUUUCUAAUACCAAUACACUUUUUGCAAGAUUUUACUUUAGAUACUGAACUUGCCCAUGUUACCAAAUAGUGGCCUUUUUUGAAGUUACUCAUUUUAUUAUUCAUAUUAAAAAAAAUAUAAAAUCUACUGUAUUUUUCUCUAUUUCGAUAAAAAUGUUCUUUAGAUAGACUGAUUUUUCCCUACCUCUUCUCUCUCCCCCCCCCCCCCCUCCCACUGCUUGUAAUUUAUAUUCUCUGAAAUUUUUUCUUCAGUGUUCAUGCUAAUAAAAUCUGUGGUGUAAAUGCCUUGCCAUGCAAUCCUUUGGCUGCAGUACUGCAUAGAUUUAUUUUUAUUGCCAAAGAAACAAACAAAACAAAAAUCUGAUUUUAUACCACAGUUUCUGUUGGACCUGGUAAAUUAAAAUCCUGUGUGCCCCUCUGCCUGUCCUGCCCUCUGGUUUCCAGCGCUAAACACAGUGUAUCAUUAACAUCUGUGAAAAAAAAUUAAAGAUAAAACCCACCCCUCUGCCUCCCUCCCAUUCUUCUCUCCCCGCCCCCCCCCCAUUUUUUUCCCCCCCCCCCCCCCCCCGCCUUUAUUUGAUGCUAUCUGUUGAAAGCAAUGUGAAGGGUGAACUGCAGUGUUUGUGGAUAUCUGUGAAGCCAUGUGUAUAAGCCGGAUCUUCGGCUGGUGUAAGCUGACCUAGAUCUAUUGAUGUCAAGGACGUCAGUGACUUACCCUGGUAGAUGAUCUGGAACUGGAUCUUCCUUGGUUUUAUAAUUUCUUUUGUUUUUACACAAAACAUAACUGAGUUUUUAAAAUGUUUAUCUGGGUUAAAUGUUUAUCAUAUAUUGGUACUUUUGUUAUAUCUCAGCCACAGAACCAGAACCGGAAUUACUUCUUAAAAGUUGUUUUUGCUAGAAUUUGGUAGCGUUUGUUAUGGUGUAGCUGAUAUUGCAGGAAUCUGUCCAAAGGCCGAUACUAACACUGCUAAUUAUCAAUUGUCUUUUUUGCAUUUUACGUGCUAGGUAGCAACAUAAUCCUCAAUAAUGAAGUAAUUUCAAUUGUAAGUUGAAAUAGUAUUUCCCUUCACCUACUUAUAAAAAGGGUGGGAGUCAGAGGGCUGGCUGAAAACUGAGCUUGCCUUGUACUGUUAAUAGCCUUUCAAGUACACAUAAUCUUACAGCAUGAUGUUACAAAAUAAACACACAUCUUCAGAACCCCUGUUAAAAACUUGUGUUGCCAUGAAUUGAAAAGGGUGAGGAUGUGGUUUUGGUCCUAUAAAUCCUUUUGCUGGAACAAUAUCCUUGCAGAGCCAUAAUAGUCUCAUAAAACAUGGAAGUGAAUGGAACAGAUUUUAGUAUAUUCAUAAGCCUAGCUGUUUAGUGGACAACCAAGAGUGAAAGGGCAAGGAUGAAACCCAUUACAACAAAAAAUGUGAAGAGACCAUCAGAGCAAACCAUGUUUUCUUGCCACAGGGUUAACAAACCUUUUUCUCUUUGUAGAAUUACUGUAACUUCACUGAAGGAACUGGAGCAAUUACAAAUUACACUAAGUAAAAAUCUAGCCCCAAAUCAAAGUUAUUUCUAUUCAACCUGCCAGCUCUGCUAUAGCUUGUGAUCAUAUAGAAUCCCUCUGUAUAUUUGCAGAUAGGGUGCACUGGAUUAAUUGAGCACUUCAGAAUGUCUUGUAUUUAAAUGAUACUUAUAAGCUAUUCUAUACAUUAAGGUUGCAUAUAGACAUUUGGGGAGGUUAGAUCGAGUUAAAAUAGCCACCUGAUUUAAGGUGAUUUGGAAUGGGAGGGGUAGUGGAGGGGAAGGGGAUUGGGAGGGAGAAGCAGGCUUCUGGAGGGGAAAAUCGGGUCUGUGGGGAAAUCAGGGGGUCAGGCAUCAUCUCUGGGGUCCAGGAGGGUUUGGUGGGAUCAGGGAGGCUUGCAGGGGAGCUUGUGGGGGAGGUCAGGCACUCCUUUCCCCCAUUCUCUGGGAUCAGAGGCUAUUUUUAGCUCCCUGACUCCCCUACCGCCAAGCAACCAAUCCCUGGGGUGAACCUACCAUCAACAUCCCUUCCACCCCUCCCCCCACCAGGACUUACUUCCUCUGCUCCCAGCAUCAAUGAAUGCUGAUGAACCUGGCACCAGAACUGGCUUGUAGGAUGGGUGGUAGGGAAAUAGCUGGUCCUGGGUGGAGGGGUUGUCCAUCUGGGGAUGAGGCGCUAACAAUAGCCUGGUGUCAGGAAGGGAGUAGGACAAGUGCAGCCCAGGGGUUGGGGCCAGCAACUGGGCUUUUCCAGGAUAUACUGAUCUAAAAAUUGCUAACCCAGUUUAAGUUAGGUGUACCUCAGAGGCAGGGUUAACUUGGAUUGGGGCGGCCAUUUUUAGACUACUCUAACUGUCCUGAACUUCUGUACAGUUCAAACUUAGAUCAACCUAACUUAUGUAAGGUCCACACCCAGGUGAACUAAGUUAGAUCAGGCAGCCUUAGGUAAUCUACCCUCCCCAAAUGUCUGCACAGAGCCUAAAAGGAAACUGAAAGUCUUUUCUGUCAUUGGUACAUUAAAAUGUUACUGGGGUCUCCAUCCAUGACUGAGCCUUUAAGGACUGCUUACCAAAAUAAAGUUACUUUUAAAAAGAAUCUAUAGCAAAAGAAAAAGUACAUACAUUAAAAACAUCUUAUGAUGCAUAGCAAAGCAACAUUGACAAAUCUGCAAUGUAAUGACUUGAAGGGUUAAUGACACUUAAAUACUACUCUUAUUUUCUGCUUGUGUAGUUUCAGCAUUAAAGAAUGUUACACCCUAACAGUUUACUAAAACACUCUGCAAAAUAUUCCCUGCUUAAUAUUAACCAUACCUAUCAUCAUAAUUAUUUCAUGAUCUAUAUUGCUGAAUUCUUAUUGACAAUAUUAUAACUGUAUGGGAACUUUUAACUUGAUAAGGAAAUGUAAUUUGACACUGAUACCUUAUUAAAGUAUACUGAUCCGAAA